UUGUAGGUAAUAUUCGAUCGUAAGCAAAAGAGAUGGCUCAAAAAGUUGAAGCACAAGGAGGCCGAAACGGUGGGACCCAAUUUGAUGAUGGAUCCGAACACGACGCAGUAACCAAGAUUCAGACUGCAAUAGGUACGAAGGGUAUUCAAUAUGUUCAGUUCGAAUAUGUCAAGAACGGACAAACCGUAGAAGCCCCUCUUCACGGUGUCAAGGGCCGUACUAUCGCAGCUGAUCCGUUUGUGAUUAGCCAUCCUGAGGAGUAUCUAGUUUCAGUGGAAGGUUGGUAUACCCCUGGAUGGGUUAUUCAAGGGCUUAAGUUCAAGUCCAACAAAAAGACUUCCGAACUCAUCGGAUAUGAUGACGGUACUCCAUUUACUCUCCAAGUUCAAGACAAGAAGAUCAUUGGCUUUCAUGGAUAUUCUGGAGACAAUCUCGAUUCUCUUGGAGCUUACUUCGUUCCAUUAGUAACCUCCCCUCCUUCGGUUCCCCCGAAGAAGCUUGAAGCCAAGGGUGGUGAGACAGGAGCUGUGUGGGAUGAUAGUCAUCACGACAAUGUUAAAAAGAUAUAUGUAGGACAAGGCCAAGAUGGUGUAGCAGCUGUCAAGUUUGAAUACACAAAUGGUUCUCAAGUGGUUAUUGGAGUUGAACAUGGAAAAUCCACAAUGCUAGGAUUCGAAGAGUUUGAGCUUGAAUCAGAUGAAUACAUUACAUCCGUGGAAGGCACCUACGACAAAAUCUUUGGGACAGACAGUGCUGUAGUGACGAUGCUUACGUUCAAGACUAACAAGAACAAAACAGCUGGACCGUUUGGGCUUGAAGGCAGCACACCGUUCGUAUUCAAGGAGGAAGGUUACAAGAUUACCGGGUUCCAUGGACGAGCUGGUGAGGCUAUUAAUGCUAUUGGAGUUUAUUUAGCUCCAGUAGGCUCCAUCCCUUUGACCCCUGCAACACAAGGAAAGAAGCUAGAAGCAGCUGGUUCUGAUGGAGGAGCUUUAUGGGAUGAUGGUGCUUUCGAGGGUGUAAGAGUAGUGUCUGUAGGACAAGCCCAAGAUGGUAUUGGAGUGGUCAAGUUUGUGUAUCACAAAGGAUCUCAGAUUGUAGUAGGAAAUGAACAUGGGAAAACUACAAUGCUUGGAUUUGAAGAGUUUCAGCUUGACUAUCCAAGUGAAUACAUCACGGCAGUGGAAGGCACCUACGAUAAAAUAUUUGGGAGUGACGCUGCAGUCAUUACCAUGCUUAGGUUCAAGACUAAUAAGCAAACAGCUGGUCCCUUUGGGCUUGAAGCUGGAACACCCUUCGUACUCAAAGAGGAAGGCUACAAGAUCGUUGGGUUCCAUGGAAGUGCCGGUGAUCUGCUUCAUAAAUUUGGAGUUCAUGUCCUUCCCAUCACCAACUGAUCAUGGAAGAUCUUGAAUUUGUCACAGAUUUGUGGUUUCUCUUUGAUAUGGUCUUUGAACUUUGAAUAAUCUGGAUUCUAGUUUUGUUGGUUUCUGUUUGUUUCAGCUCUUCUCUUUUGUGUUGUUGUUGUUUCUGCCUUUGAUGGGUUUGUGAACCAUCUUCAUAAUGAUAAUUUACACUUUUUACGUUUUUAGAAUAUCUAUUAAAACGUGAAUGAUCUUGUUUUA